GCGUGACUUUUUGGAACUAUAUUUGUAUAUUUUCAGUUUAGUUUAUUCCUGUAGUGUAUUUUUUAAGUCAUGUCGGUGCUCUGUUAUAACAAAGGCUGCGGGCAGCGGUUUGACCCAGACAAUUCCGAUGAUGCGUGCGCGUAUCAUCCAGGAGUUCCAGUUUUUCACGAUGCAUUAAAGGGCUGGUCAUGUUGCAAGAGGCGCACUACAGACUUCUCAGAUUUCCUCAGCAUUGCUGGCUGCACGAAGGGUUGCCAUAACAAAGAGAAACCCCCUGAGCCUGUGAAGCCAGAAGUGAAGUCUUCUGGAGGAAAGAAGGAGCUGCAGGAUCUCAAGCCAAGGUUCGAUGAGUACGUCAUCCAGGCACCUAAACCUGUGGCGUUCAUCCAGAGACCCAGUGCUGAUGAGCCACCGGUGGAAGUGAAGCAGAAAGUGUCUCCAAACCUGAGGCAAGCGCUGGAGAAACUGCAGCUGACAGACACGAAUCAGAACGCAGAAAAUGAGAAUGAGGGAAACGAGGUGAAAAUUGGAACAGCGUGUAAAAAUAAAGGCUGCACUAAGACUUUCUCUGGGCCAGCGAGUGAACAGGAGACUUGUAUGCAUCAUCCAGGAGUUCCCAUCUUUCAUGAAGGGAUGAAAUACUGGAGCUGUUGUCGGAGGAAAACAUCAGACUUUAACACAUUUCUCUCUCUGGAAGGCUGCAGCAAAGGAACUCAUUUGUGGAAGAAAGCAGAUGGGAAGAAGGUGGUACCAUGUCGGUUUGAUUGGCAUCAGACCGCUGGUCAGGUGACCAUCUCCAUCUACGCUAAACACUCAGUUCCUGAGUUGUGUUCUGUACAAGCCAACAGCACCCGUGUGAACAUCAGUGUGAUCUUUGAGGGGGAGAAGGAGUUUAAGCAGGAGAUCCGUCUGUGGGGAGUGAUCGAUGUGAGCAAGAGCGCCGUAAACAUGAUGCCCGCUAAAAUCGAGAUCGUCAUGAAGAAGGCGGAGCCGAUGUCGUGGCGGCGGCUCGACCUGCCGCCGUCUGCUCCAGCGUCGGCCAAUGAGAAGAACAAAGGCAGUGAGAAUGUGUAAACAGGAAACAGAACUGAGACAUUAUCAGGACCUUUCAGUCUUUUAUACACUGUGGCUGAAAGUAUGUGGACAUCCGACCAUGAGCUUGUUGGACAUCUCGUUCCGAAACCAUGGGCAUUAUGCAAUGUAUUGAAGUGUGUUUGUAUUAUUUUAGGCAAAAAUGCAUCUCUGAGGUCGGGCUCAUGCUUGAUUGUCAGUACAAAUUAUGCCAAAGUUGUUAUGGGGUUGAGCUCAAGGCUCUGUGCAGGCCACAGGAGUUUAUCAACACCAAACUGGUCGAACCCUGUCAUUAUGGACCUCACAGAAAGGUGCACGGGUCCGUUUUCAAAAUUGUAUACACGCUUCGUAAACAAUAAUAACCGGAGUGUACAAAUACUUUUGGCUUUACAGUGUAUAUAUACUGUUCUAUACAUGCACACAUUCUGAAUGGACUGGACUUGGUUGGCUGGAUGUACCAAGAUUAAUGAGAUAAUAUGGUCCUAAAAUUGUUCCGCAGAGGGAACACGUCACGUCUGAUUUAGCUUUGCACUGAAACAUCAAGGUUGACGUAACUGAGUAAUUCACAUUAUUAUUUAACCCUAAAUAUUUUCAAUAAAAUAUCAAUCCCA